AAGCACAUUAAAAAAGCUCAUUUUUACUUUGGCAGAAGUGAGAAUCAUUCAAAGUUACAAUGUCAGGCGUUAAUAGACUACUCUCUACUGUUGCUCGCUGGGCUAUUCCACUCUCACUUGGUGUAGCAGGUGCUCAAGCUGCUAUGUACGAUGUUCAGGGUGGACACCGCGCCGUCCUCUUCGAUCGUAUUCAGGGUGUCAAGCCAGAUUCCGCCGGAGAAGGUACUCACUUCCUCGUACCAUGGCUUCAACGUGCCGUUACAUUCGAUGUACGCACCAAGCCCCGAAAUAUCUCAACCACCACUGGUUCAAAGGAUAUGCAGAUGGUUUCGUUAACCUUGCGUGUAUUGCACCGUCCCGAAAUUCAAGCCUUGCCUCAAAUUUAUCAAAACUUGGGUCUUGACUACGACGAGAGAGUUUUGCCUUCCAUCGGUAAUGAAGUCUUGAAGGCUAUUGUUGCUCAAUUCGAUGCUUCAGAGCUCAUCACACAGCGUGAGAUUGUUUCAUCCCGAAUUCGUGAGGACCUCGUCAAGCGAGCACGAGAGUUCCACAUUGAACUUGAAGAUGUCUCCAUUACCCACAUGACUUUCGGUAAGGAGUUCACCAACGCCGUUGAACAGAAGCAAAUUGCCCAGCAAGAAGCUGAACGUGCCAAGUUCAUUGUUGAACGUGCUGAACAAGAAAGACAAGCCGCUAUCAUCCGUGCUGAGGGUGACUCUCAAGCCGCUGAACUUAUUUCUGCUGCUUUGGAGAAGGCUGGUGAGGGCCUUGUUGAGUUCCGUCGUAUCGAAGCUUCCAAGGAAAUCGCCACCGUCCUUGCUCAAGCCCGCAACGUCACAUAUCUUCCUAGCUCUAGCCAAGGCGGUUCCAACGUCCUCUUGGGCAUCAACGCCGCUUAGAUGUGAGGUGAAAUUCCGGCCCGCAAAUAGACCUCUGUGGUAGAGCGUAAAAUCAGCCUCAUUGUAAUUCACUGCUAUAAUUUUCAUUCCAAAAAUAAAAACAAUCCACUUUUUCUGUCAAUCACCCGU